AUGGGGAAGGUUACGAGGAAGCCACAGGAAAAGCACAAGGUGUCUCUGUCACCUGCGGUAUCAGAUCUUGUUCAAAAAGUUUCCACCGUCCCUCUCGCAGAUCUCCCCGCCCUCUUCAGCGGCUGGUCGCAAAGAUGGCCCUACCCUCGUGGUGAUUUGAACAAUUGGAUCGAACCUCUUGAUCGCUUCGAUAGCAUCCUUCAGUCUUUUAAUGCAAAAUACGGCCUGGACAAAGGUCCACAGACGACCCCAUUUGGCAUAUCCUUAUUGCUUGAACAGAGUCCGGGAACCGAUGAGAAGAGACUGAAAGAGUUAGGUUUUGGACCGGAAGGUGAUAGAGAGCUUGUGGAAGCGAUCCUGGUCUUCUCGAAAUUGCUGGUGGAAAAAUGUGCGAAUCGUACAGUCUACAACAGCACAGAUCGCUUGAAUGAUCUCCUCAACACCACGUCCUUGUCCCUCCUACAUACCACUCUACGCAUCACUUUCUAUCUAGCACAGCGGUUUGCCGAUAGAGCUCUUGGGUCGCGGCCUUUGGCGGGCAAGUUCUACGACUUUGAUCACGACCGUUUGCAAAAGUUGGCAGCUCCCUUCGGCCAGCUAUUACCAUCAAGCAAGCGCGGCACCCUGUCUCCGGUGAAGACGACGAAGUCAAAAGAGAAAGCGAGUCAUGGCACCAAAGCUAGGCGAAGCUCCGUCACCGUCAGCCCGAACGACUUCCGCUCCAUGUGUAAGGAUGCGUCGAACCAUAAGGACGCUGGGAAGGUAGCGCUUACGCCUGACCGAGACUGGCAUACAUGGGCAUAUGUCAAAGUUACAUGGUUAUCGCAGCGUUCAGAGAAGCACACAGCUGGCAAGGAUGAAUCUUCCGAUCUUCCAGAAGCUCCAUCAACACCUACUCCUGCCAGACAAUCGUCCGGGCUCAGCAGACUGGAUACGAGUGGUUCACCGAAUGCGCACUCCCACGAAAAGAGUGGUGGACGGCAAACCGCAGACAGCGAUUUGCACUGCAUCGAGCUUACACACACAGAGCUGGCCAGCACCUCGAUCGAAGCCAUCCUGCGAGAUCAACCUGAAGACAUGCCGCCCAAUGCGCGAUACGAGCUGCUGCACCAGCUUCGUGUCGCGUACGGCUUGAUGACUUCGGCGAAGACUCGGAAGGAACUGCUCGCCAUUCGAUUACUCGCCAUCAUGAGUCUUGCCAAUGUUUUCAACGAGGCGGAUUUCUCUCAGAAGGUUUUUCCGACCGGAACUGGAGUGCACAAGCCUCACGAGUUGAUCCAGCAGCUUGUGAGUUUAGCUCAAGAUGCGAAAAGAGGGCAGUCUUCCGUGUCAUUGUAUCUACAAACCCUUGCGAUGGAGACGAUGACAUAUCUAGCCCAUUUCAAGUCGUUCGGCUCGGAGAUCAAUACGGCUUUAGGAGCCGGCUCUUCGCAAGGCCUUCUGUCUCAAUUGAUAUUGAAAGGCUUGAACGACAUUGCUAAGGAUCACGACAGCACCGAUACUCCAGUGGGAGAUGAAUGGCGGGAAGCAAUUUUCUCUAUGCCUCGGACACUGAUUGAAGUGGCGGGUCAUCACGGCCGGUCGAGCGAGGCUGUCAUCGCUUCCUCUUUCAUCACAACAUAUCUGUCUGGUUUCGACGUCACAACUGGAAAAGCUCUGCGUGUUCAUUUGCAGAUGCUUGAUUUCGUCAAAAUGUUUUUCCACCAUUUCAAGGACGGCCUCACGACCCUGCUGGCAAACAGUGCAUUCGAACGCAUUAGCAAUCUUCUGAGCAAAUUGGUGCAUGGCGCCUGGUCCAUGCUGCAGGACGGUGAGGGCAUUCCGGCGCAAUACAAGACUCGCGUUACGGAUUAUGAGAUUCCGUACAUGCACCAGCAGAUCAUUCGAUCCAUCAUCGACAUGAUCAAUGAUAUCAGUACCCACCAAGGGCCCCAGGCAGAUCGUGUCUUGAGAAGCCUUGUUGACUCCCAAGCACUCCUCCGAGCCUUCCGUCUCGUCACUGAUCAUUUGACAGCCUUCGGUGCGCACACCUGGAGCGAAGUUGUCAAAGCGAUAUGUGGGUUCCUUCAUAAUGAGCCGACUAGCUAUACCGUCAUCUCGGAAGCAGGCAUCAUACAGAGUCUCCUGGAUACUGUCACAGUUGGCCAGAAAGCUGAGGAUGUUCGGAAUACGAGGUCCGUAUCGUCCCAACCUGAGAAUCGUCCGCAGGGUAUACCACCAGUGCAAGAUGCAAUAGUCAAUGUGUCUCAGGCGUUUGGUGCUAUAUGUCUGACGAAUGCUGGUUUCGAUCAGUUCAAGGCCUCUGGUGUUUUGGAGAAGUUUUUUGAGAUUUUCGAGUCGCCAGCGCAUGUCAAAGUCUUGACUGAUGCCAAUGUUUUCGCCCUCCUCGGAUCAACUUUUGAUGAGCUCAUUCGGCACCAUCCGAAUAUGCGAACCGCAGUCAUGAGUGCAGUCAUUGUUAUGCUGUCACGCGUAAGACACAUCAGCAGGGCACUGUCUGUCAAUUUUGGCGCCGGACCAAAACUCUGGGUUCCUUCUCAAGAGUUCCCUGUCCCUUGUGGUGGCCGGGAAGCUCUUUCGCUUGAGAUCGUCCCCCCUCCGUCAACAGAAAAUGGCAUCGCUCCUCCCCCUAGAGUCCUGGAAUUGCCUAACGGGAACAAGCUGACUAUCGAUGACUCGAUUUUACCCCCCAGCAUCGUACCCGACACCCCCAGGGAUGAAGACAACGACGGUCUCAAAGCGAACGACUAUGUAAGGCCUGCCGUUGGCUUCUUGGUCACAUUUUUCGAAAACCAGAGCCUGUGCAACAUCUUCUUGGAGCAUGGAGCCUGCGAUUUGGUUUUGGAUCUCGUGACUCUACCAAGCUUACCAGUGUCAAAUGAGCCCUUCGACAGAAUUACAGGGAUGUUCCAAGAGUUGGCCGCUGCCAUACACAUGAUGGCUGAGUGCAAGCCUCACAUCGUUCUCCCUACUCUGUCAGACCGCGCACGUUUCGCUUGCAAUGAGUUGAGACACUUUGCACAGUGUCAACCCAAGGAUUGGUCAAGCUACUUUGGGAAGUUGGUCAACCCGACACAACAGUCAUCCGAAAUGACAUCUACUAGUCAAGACGUCGAGAACACCGGGACUCAUGUGGUUAGGGCUUUGAUGGCAGUGUUCAGCCUUGCUCAAGUCCUGGCAGAAGUGUUCAAUGCUCCGAUGUACAACACGAGAUCAACUCAAAAUCUGCUCUUCUCUCAAGUCAAUCUCGCAGAUGUUUUUGCGGAAAUCGUGAAGGCAAUGGGUUCCGUCUCGGCUGCAUGUUACCGAGAAGACAUUGCCAUACAGCUGGAUAUCCCUGCUGGAUGGGCUCUGGAAACGCGUCCCGAAAACUUUUCAACGGGUGAUGAUGAGGUGGACAAAAUCUUGAGUGUCCGUGGGAAUGGGACGCAAAUCCAUAGCGACUCGGCUUCAAAUCCGACAGGAAACGAUACCAAUGCCGCCGUCAGCAGUGAUAAAUUAGCCAAGGACAAGCACACAGCUGCGUUCAAGAAUCUUCAAACUCUACGCUAUCUCCUUGUCGAAACUCCAGCAGCCAUUACCGAGUUCUUUUGCCGCCUAGGACGUGGGAUCACCGGGCGACGACGCCCCGACACCUUCUCGCGCCAGAAGAAUGCCGUGGUCGCGAAGGCUCUAGCAAAAGCCUAUCUUACCGAACUCCAGCCAUACUUCCUCAGCCCCGUAACCACCGAAGAGCAUGUCACGUCUCGGUUCACAUAUUUGGUAAUUGCUUUGGACAAUGUCCGCCGGAGCUUCUUCGAUGACAGUCAUCCUACGUCUGGACCGAUCUCACUUCCAGCUAGACAAAGCUUCGUCAUCGAGGCCUUUCGCGAAGCCGGCGGCAUUAAGAGCUUGACAUCAAUCGGAACAGAGUUUUUUGACAAGCUUAAGUCUUGCAAGGUAGAGGAGUUCAUGUUCUCUGCCAAUACCGGGCUUAAAAUCUGCCUCGAUAUCCUAGACGAAUUCACCAACUCCAAGAACAUAAUGGAUUCUGCCCAAUCAAACACAAUGAAGAUGACGGACCCGAGCAAGCAGAUCUGGUUCGUGCCUAGUCAAGUCCUUGUGAACCUACGCACCGAAGCAAUUCCACUGACCAAGUUGAUUUGGGAGAGUGAAUAUGCCGAUCAGGCCUCAAACGAUGUCGUACAGAAGCUGAUUUCCAUUUUGAAUCACAUCCAAACUGCCGAUCACGAGAAUGAAGCCGUCCGAGACCGGAAGAGCAUUCCUAAGCUGGAGACAUUCUCUCCAAGAAAGGUGGGCAUUGAUCCUCAAAGAAUCAACUAUCUUAAAGAGAAAGGCUAUGAUGAGAGUCUUGCUCGAGAGGCUCUGUACCGAGUCAAUCCUUCUCCAAACAGCAGUAACAACCCUGCAGAGGAAUACUGCAAAGCUUUCAAGUCGAAUCCAUGGCGCAGACGACUCCCGAUUCCAGCGGACGAAAGCAAUCUUACCGCAACUACCAGAGAGACUCCAAACAUCACAAGCCCUAUCCCGAGUGUAUUGACAGCUUCCAGUGGGGCUAUCGAAGCCGCGCUCGCCGAGGUUGUCAACAGCGCCAAUGGUUCAAAUGAGAUGGAGGAUGUUGUGGCAUCUGAUCCCCAAGCAUCGUCUGGGUCUGCGCCAUCUGGUAAUUCUGGCCAUUCGGUAUCGUCCGCUAUGGACCUCAGCAACAUCUUAAACGACGAUGGCCCGGUUGGAGAGCGCCAGUCAAGUCACCCGUCUCCACCUUCCCCUGGUCUAAAUGUCCCUACGCCCCAUACUGUUGAGGAACUCAAUCGCUUGAGACAUGAGCUCAGAGAGGAUCUUCCAGAGCGCUGCAUCAACAUUCUUCACAACCAUCCCAAUCUGACCUUUGAAUUGUCUGAUUUGAUUUUCAGUGCUUCGAAGGCCUCGAGGCAAGGUCAUGAAGUGUUUUGGACGACAGUAAUUGAGGUACUCUUGGGAGGGCUUCUCUCAAAUCAGUUCGACAAAGAUUCAAAGGAAGGAAGCAUUGAGGCUACCGGGAAGAAAAUUUCCGCCAGUGCCCAUCUCAUCGCUCUGCUUAUCCAGAGUGGCGAUGUUCUCGACACAACUCUCGGAGUUUUCCAAGAGUCUUUUGACGGACUUCUGUCCUACCUUCGUUUACCAGCUCCAGAUGGACGGUCAGCUGACGAGUCCUUCCCAUGGGUAGCUCCCGUCUUGUUGAUUAUCGAGAAGAUGCUGUCAAGAGACAGUGAGCCUGCACAGAUCAAAUGGAAUCCGCCUAAUGACCUUGAGACUAGCAGCAAGGCAGAGUUAGUCCCGAUUGAUGUCCUUGAUGGCAAGGUGAAACAAGAAUUGUUCGACAUACUCGUCGAUAUUCUUCCACGCGUUGGAAAAGAUCGGAACAUGGCUGUCGCUGUCACGAGGGUACUCGUCAUCUUGACUCGGUCCCGAGACAUCGCAACCCGCCUUGCUGAAAAGCGCAACCUGCAGAGACUCUUCCUGAUGGUCAAGCAGCUUGUCAACGGCGUCAAUCAUCGGAUGCAGAACUCUUUCAUGACCAUCUUGCGACACAUAGUGGAAGACGAUGACACCGUGAAGCAAAUCAUGCGAAGUGAGAUCAAAGCCUUGUUCAAUUCUAGAAGUCCCAGAAACCAACUCGAUACCACGGCUUAUGUCCGGGAGCUUUAUCAUUUAGUCCUGCGUUCUCCAGAACUCUUUGUGCAAGUCACAAAUGAGAUGGUCAAACUAGCUGCAUGGACACCUCAUGGAACCGGAGCCGUUAACCUUGUUCUCAGAGAAAAUGACACUUCCAAAUCAAAGGAUCAAAGUACAGAUGCACAGACACGGCCGAUCAAGGAGAGUGAGGAUGUUUCAAUGCAACCUGCAGCGACCGUAGAGGUCCCCGAUGAUGCGUCCCAAGCUCACAACAAGAGCAAGGUUUCAGAGACGAGACCUCCAGUAAUCGAGCAUCCCGACGGAGUCAUCCACUUCAUCUUGUCGGAGAUUUUGACAUACAGGAACGUGGAGGACAAGGAACCUUCCACAGAAGUGGCAACGAAACCCGAGCAGACCCCCGACAGAUCAUCUUCCCUCGAGACGGCCGACAUCUCUAUGCCCUUACCUCAUGCCCAGCAGAAAGUCGAAAAGGCAAAAUUCAAACAAGUAGACCACCCGAUCUUCUCCUACCGGUGCUUCUUGAUGUACAGCUUAUCCGAGCUGUUACAUUGUUACAAUUCUACCAAGAUUGAGUUCAUCACCUUCAAUCAAAAGGCGGACCCUAAGGCUGCUACACCUUCGAAACCUCGGGCCAAUAUUCUCAAUUACUUUCUGGAUGGCUUGAUUCCGUCUGGUUAUGUUGAUAAAGAAGACUCCCUCGUGUUCAAGAAAAAGUUAUUGACGAGCGACUGGGCAAUUAGGGUGAUAGUAGCUCUUUGCUCUAAGACCGGAGAGUCGGGCCCGGUAGUACCCUCGCAGCGUCAUCCAUCACAACCUCAAGUUGACGAGGUAGACAACGAACCAGAACUCCAGUAUGUGCGGCGUUUCGUUCUGGAGCAUGCCAUUAAAUCUUACAAGGACGCUAUCUCUUCCAGCGACUCACGGCAAGCCAAAUAUAGCAAACUCCUUUGUCUCGCAGAUAUGUUCAACCGACUUCUGACGAAACCAGUCGUACCUGAUGGAGCUGCCGGGUCACAGAACACGUCCUACAAGGCUCUUGCACGAAUGAUGUUCGAAAAGAAUCUUACAGCGGUCUUGACAAGCUCACUUGCGGAGAUAGACUUAUCGUUCCCCGGAUCCAAACGAGUCAUUAAAUUCAUACUUCGACCCUUGCAAGAACUUACUACUCUUGCCACACAUCUUAGUCUGACAGAGCCCGACUUCGUCAACUCUGUUAGCUCAAGCACUGACGAGGACCUCAUUUCUUCAGCAUCGUCCGUGUCUGAUGUGGACGAGGAUCGUGAGGAAACCCCGGACCUUUUCAGAAAUUCCGCCUUGGGUAUGCUAGACCCAGACCGUGACUCAGAGUCGGAUUCCGAAGACGAUGAGGAAGAGGACGAUGAGGAGAUGUAUGACGAGGAAUACGACGACGAGAUGGAGUACGAUGACGGCGUCGGCGGACCCAAUGAUGAUGAAGCUGUCAGUGAUGAAGAGCUUGACGAGGACAUGGGCCCCGAGGGUGAAAUCGAAGGUCUCCCUGGGGACGUUCCUAUGGACAUCGAAUUCGUCGUCAACAAUCCUCAUAUGGAAGUGGACACGGAUGAGGAUGAGAAUGACGACGAGGAAGACGAAGAGGAUACAGACGACGAAGAUGAUGAUGACGAAGAUGACGACAUCAUGGUCGAGGAAGACGACGAUGAGCAUGGUGGCGAGAUCAACGGUGACGAUGAAAACGACAGUCUCAAUGAUAUCCAUGGUGACGAAGGCGAGUGGGAAGAUGAGGAAGAUGACGAAGAUGAACUCAGCGAGGGUCAAGAAGAUCAUCCCACUAUCGAUUUCGACGGCGACGAGAUGCCCCUUGACACACAAGGGAACCUUCCUGCUCCAGGAGUCCUCAGUAACCUUCUUCGUGUUCUUGGAGACCACGAAAUGGAAGGUCCACCUGUUCACACCCACCAUAUCCCGGCAGAUCUUAUCGUCCCAGCAGCCGAUAACGGAGAUCCUGACGAUGAGGACGAAGACGAUGAAGAUGUCGAUGAUCCUGACGAAAUGGACGAGAAUGAGGACAUGGAAUACGGCGAUUUCGAUCACUUCUUGGCUGGCGCUGGAGCUGACGGCGAGCGCGUCAUCUGGGAAGCGCACUUUCCACAUGCACGUCCACGCCCGCGACAUUUCCGCGGCCCAACACACUUUUCCAGCUUCAUGGGUCGUCGAAUUGGGGGUCGAGAUGAUCUGAUAGCAAUGGGCCGCCCUGGUCGUCUUCCGCAACACGGUCGACCUGGGAUGGAUGACGGCACGAAUCCUCUCUUGAGACGACCUCAACAAGACCAUUCUCAUCCGCGUCGCGUCGACACACUUGGACCCAACUUCUUUAUGGCGCCUGGGAUGGACAACAUCGCGGGGCUGCCUGGGCUGCCCCCAUUCGGCGGCACCGCUUUCCAGACCAUUAUCCGUCAAGGAGAUACAAUCGAAACCGGAGGGCAUGGCGCAAUGCUGGAUGCAAUCCUCCAAGCACUGCAUCGUGUCGGCGAACGUGGCCCAGACGGUCGUAUUGAAUUUCAGUUGAACCUUCCAGAUAUUCAGAACGUCUUGCGACCAGCCAUGUCAGGUGUAGCACCUCGACAUCACAGCCGAGAAGAGUCGACCCGUCUCUACAAUUUUGUCCCGGCCCUCACCAUGACGAGAUGGCAAGAGGAAGCCCGCCUGCUUUUCGGCAAUACCUAUGUGGAUAAACUUCAACGCGUUCAAUUACUCAUUAUGUCUCUUUUGGUCCCUCUGGCUCAAGAAGAGGAGAAAGAGCGCCGACGCAAGCGUGAAGAAGAGCAGAGAGCAGAACGUGAAGAGAUGGAACGACUGCGAAUAGAAACAGAGCGACGUCAGAAAGAGGAAGAAGAGCGUGAGGCUGCAGCGAAAGCCGAAGAAGAACGUUUGAGAGCCGAAGAAGCCGUUGCUGCGGCACGAGACCAUGAUGAAGGCGCCUCAGAACACGACGAUAACGACACUGAGCCGAUGGAAGACGUCCAGGGUACCGAAACGAGACUUCCAGAAGAGCAUAUCGAAGGCGAACCAUCCGAGUCACAACCUCGGGUCUACACGACCAUUCGAGGCCGUGAACUUGACAUAACUGGCCUCGACAUCGACAACGACUAUCUCGAAGCCCUUCCCGAGGAACUUCGAGAGGAGGUUGUCAUGCAACAAUAUGCCUUGAGACGCGACCAGGCACGCGAACAAGGUGACGAAUCAGCAGUGAUCGACCCAGACUUCCUGAAUGCUCUUCCUGAGGAUAUUCGAGAAGAACUUCGACAACAAGAAGCUCAUGCCCAGCGCAGACGUGAAAGAGAAGCAGCUCGACGACAAGCUGCUGCGGGCGCCGGAGCCAUGCCACAGGUAGAGGAAAUGGACAACGACACAUUUCUUGCGACAUUGGACCCAGCUUUCCGACGGGUCAUCCUUGCUGAACAACCGCCUGAGAUCUUGCGCCAGCUUGAUCCUAGACACGCAGCCGAGGGUCGCGCUCAUGCUAGGCGCUUUUUCCACUAUCCUAAUGUCAGUGAUCGCGAAGGGCGCGAUGGCAGAGGGAAUGAGGAUGGGGCUCAGCGUGACAACAAGCGAUUCAUUGUGCAAAUGGUCGACAAAUCUGGCGUGGCCACAUUACUGCGCCUAAUGUUCAUUCCACAACAAGGAUCUCUGCGCACCAACCUCUGGCACAUCCUCCGAAACAUUUGUGGUAACCGCCAGACUCGCUUUGAGGUCAUCAAUCUUUUGCUGGUGGUCCUUAAGGAAGGAUCGACCGAUGUGGGAGCCGUGGAACGGAGUCUGGCUAAUCUCUCCCUUCGUGCCAGAGUCCCUGUUGGACAGAAGACCCCUCAACCACUGAAGCGUACAUUGUCGGUACAGUCUGGUGGCGGUCUUGGUGAGGACGUGACUCCUCUUGUGGUUGUGCAACAAUGCUUAUCAGCGCUGAAACAACUCUGUCAAAACAGCGUACACACUCGGACCAUCUUCCUACGUGAAGUAGAUGUCGGGCAAUCUUCCAAGAAGGGUAAGGAGAAAGUCAAACAGACGAAGACUGUCAAAUAUCCUUUGAAUGACUUGAUAGGUCUCCUGGACCGCAAGCUGAUCGUGGAGAGCUCCACCUGUCUACAGUCUUUGGCAGAGCUUCUAUCUUCAGUGACCCAACCUUUGGCAGUCCUUCUGCGCAAAGACAAGGAGAAGACGUUAGAAGAUGGAGCGCCUGCCCAAGACGAUCAAAAUCACGAAACCUCAGCGUCUGCAGAACAGUCACAAGCUCCACAGAGUAGCGAAGUUCGAGAUGUCGAAAUCAGGGACGCUCCUACUACGACUCCAGCAAACAACGAAACCGCAACCGCAGGCGCGGGCGCGACAGCCCAGCAAUCUGAAGCGCCAGGACCAAUUGACGAUCUGAACGGUGAGGAAGCCAAGUUGAAAAAGCCUUUCGAGCCACCAGUCAUUUCAGAGCACAACCUCCAGCUCGUGGUCAGCAUCUUCGUGGCGCCAGAGUGCAAUAGUGACACUUUCCACUCAACUUUGGAGACGCUCUCGAGCCUUUCGUGCAUUCCUAACACGGCGGCUGUCUUUAGCAGAGAACUGAUCAACCAUGUCAAACAUCUGUCGCAGUCAAUCUGGACAGACCUCGAGGAGCUCCUCCCUCAAUUGAAGGAGGCCCAGUCGAUUACAGAUCUUCAAGCAGUUUCUUCGACCAAGUUUUCGCAUGGAGGAUCCGAUCAAGUCAAGUUGUUGCGAGUACUUCAGGCCUUGGACUAUCUAUCUGCGGCAAAAUCAGACGCGGAUGGGGCGGACGACAAAAGCGUUUCUAAGAGCAUCCUCACAACUUCUUACGAUAGCCUUGCUCUCAGACCAUUGUGGAACAAACUGAGCGAGUGUCUUACCACGAUCCGAGAUAAAGACAACAUUACCGGCUUUGCGACUAUUCUUCUACCGCUGAUUGAGUCACUCAUGGUUGUUUGCAAGAACACUUCUCUCAAGGACUCGGUCUUGGCUCGACAAGUUCGAGACCAGCUGCCAGGAAGUCCAGCUCCAGAAACAAUGGACGAAGUUCACGAACUGUUCUUCAACUUCACCACCGAACAUCGCAAAAUCCUGAAUGACAUUGUCCGCCAGUCACCGAAGCUGAUGCAGGGCAAUGGCAGUUUCAGCCUGUUGGUGAAGAACUCAAAGGUGCUAGACUUUGACAACAAACGCACCUAUUUCACGAAACAAAUUCAUUCUCGCCUCCAUCAACAGCGGCACAUUCAGCCACCAUUACAACUCAAUGUUCGGCGUGACCAGGUGUUCCAGGACUCCUACAAAGCCUUGUAUUACAAGACUGCCGAUGAGAUGAAAUACGGCAAAUUGAACAUUCGAUUCAAUGGCGAAGAAGGCGUUGACGCAGGGGGUGUUACCCGAGAAUGGUUCCAAGUUCUCGCCCGUGGCAUGUUCAACCCUGACUGGGCCCUGUGGCAGCCAGUCGCUUCUGAUCGUACUACAUUCCAUCCUAAUCCUCUCAGCUGGAUCAAUGGUGAACAUCUUCUGUAUUUCAAGUUUAUUGGUCGUAUCAUCGGAAAAGCACUGCAUGAAGGCCGUGUGCUUGACGCUCACUUCAGCAGAGCAGUCUACAAGCGACUACUUGGGAAAGAACCCAAUCUCAAAGACCUUGAGUCAAUGGAUCUCGACUACUACAAGAGUUUGGUCUGGAUUCUGGAAAACGACAUCACCGAUGUCAUCACCGAGGAUUUCUCCGUCAUUGAAGAGCAAUUUGGCGAAGAGAAAGUGGUUGAUCUGAUUCCAAAUGGACGGAACAUCCCUGUCACUGACGAGAACAAGCGAGAGUACGUGAAUGCUCAAGUCCGCUAUCGUCUCACAACUUCGGUCCAAGAGCAGCUCGAAAAUUUUGUUCGAGGUUUCCAUGAUAUCAUUCCUGCUGAAUUGGUUGCGAUUUUUGACGAGCAAGAGCUGGAGCUCUUGAUUUCUGGGUUACCGGAGAUCGAUGUGGAUGAUUGGCGCGCUCAUACCGAGUAUCAUAACUAUACAGCCAACAGUCCACAGAUCACUUGGUUUUGGCGAAUUGUCCGAGGAAUGAGCAACGAAGAGCGAGCGAAACUACUCCAAUUUGUGACUGGCACGAGCAAGGUCCCCCUCAAUGGCUUCAAAGACCUGGAAGGAAUGCAAGGAAAUACCUUGUUUAGCAUUCACAAGGACCCCAGUCAGAAUCGCCUUCCUACCAGCCAUACUUGUUUCAAUCAGCUUGAUCUACCAGCUUACGAUGAUUUCGACACGCUCAAGGGUAGCUUGAUGACAGCCAUCAACCUUGGCGCUGAUUACUUCGGUUUUGCAUAA